GUUCAUGUAGACGCUCUAUGAUUGACCAGCGGCUACUUAGCCUUGCAGAUGAUCGCAACGCUUGGAUUAUAAGUACAAUAUGCAAUUGGCUCAUAUUGCCCAGGUCUACGCAGCCUGCUUACCUCAGCCUCACUCGUCAUGGAUUUUUCCCGUAACAUCCAAAUUCAAAUUCAUGCACCCAAUUUUAAGCAAUGUUUCAAACAAUGCGUAAUCAUUUGAAGAGUCUUUUGGAAAAUACACAACUUCGAAUGCAAUAGGAGAAUCUAUUCCUACCUACUACUUACAUAGAGUGCAACGCACAACGCGCAAGCAACGCAAGACACCCCCACGAAUUACAACACCACCACUCAACGAUAGAGAUAGGUCAAGCAGUAUGGCAAGCAGUAUGUCUAUUCUCGGGCAUUUUGUCGAGCUACCUGAUCUUGAGAGCCAUCUUGUAGCUUUCUAUCUAAACAAGGCGGAGGACAACGCAGGACGAAUACUUUCGUACAUUAUGUCUUGGGACUAUGAGAAGUUAGAGGAUAUACACGACUACAUCCAAUGGCUGUUCCCUCUUCCAGAAGAGUCUAUGUUUUCAGGCGCACCUUUAGUCGAUGAGAAUGUCUUCAAUGCGUUUCAUGCAUUCAGUUCUUCCCCUGAAUUACAAGGCAAUCUCAGGAGCUCUUUGGUUAAAAUGUUGGAUUUCUAUGGAUUCAAGUUCGCUGAUGAUUUGGACAAAAAUGGGUUGCCUGUUAUAAUCAAAUCCUCCAAUUUCUAUGAAAGAUGUUCCAACUGGCUUAUCAGGAGAGAUCAUAACCAUUUGAGAAUCAGCAGAAUCCUUCGCUCUCUUCGCGUUUUGGGUCUGGAAUCGGAAGCGGCUGCGUUCUAUAAGGCACUGUCAGACAUUAUUUACAAUGAUCAUAGUCAAGUCGUCAGCUCUCAAUCUGCGGAAUUCUGGCGACGCGCUGCUGAGAGACCUCUACAUUGGGCACCACAUCUAACCGAGAAUGAAUGUGCCAAUGAUAAACAAUGGAAAAUAGGGCCAGAUUUCUUAAAGGAGUACGAGAGACUCAAUAUGGCUAGAGAUUUGCAAAAACAGCACGACGCAAAGAAGGCUCUCGAGGAAAAGAAGGAAGCGGAAUUUCAAGCCACGAAAGCACACAUUGCUGCAAUCGCCGCCGAUCGGAAGAGGAAAAUUGGCGGAGAGAUCGAGACUGUUCCAAGAAAACGAGCUAGUAUUUCUCCAGAAAGCAACGAUCAAGAUUCCGAACCUCAAAGUUCUGAAGAUGCGGCCGUGGUUGCUGAUGCACAUAAAACCAUACCAGAAUUGCAGGACGUUGUUCAAGAUAAAGCACCAAAUGAACCUGAGCCUUAUGUAUCUGAGUUCUUUAAACCUGAGCUUUUUGCACUCGCGGUUCUUGAACCCAGGCUUCUUGAACCAAAGUUUACUGAACCCGAGCUUGCUAAGCCCGAGCUUGCUGAGCCUAAGGUUGACCAGCCCGAGCUUGAAGAUCCCAGACCUAAGCUUGACAAACCUGCCGGCGAAAGUAUGGAACGAAAGUCCUCGGAACGCGCUGGACAAUCCGCAAUUCAUCAAAUUCAGCAAUACCAGCUCAUGUCUCCUCGCCAACCUUAAUUGAUCUGAACUCAUAUCUUAUGAGUCUUCCUCUUGCAUUCCAUCUUGCACAGCAUAAAUGUGUUGAUCUAGAAGAUCUAGAGGUUACUGAUAGAUAUUGGAUGGUAAACAGGUCACGACUUUCAAACUAUGGCGUUCUGGGCUACGUAUUUCAGGGGGUGGAGUUCAAAGGUCGAAUUUGGGAGAGGACGGAAUAUGGAGGAACUACAAUAUACCCAAUUUUUCUUUAUGGACUUCUGGCGAAAAAGGAACUCAUGCUAAUACAAAGAUAUACGCAUGCCGGAUGGAGAUAUACAGAUUAAUGGGUGAAAAAUAUGGCAAUAUACUACAUGAUUUCAUUCUCGUCUCGUACCCAAAAUUAUAGCUGAUGUGUAUACAAAUUGUGAAUUGAACUCAGGCCGAUCA